AUGCCCGCUGUUGAAUCUAAAGUCGAUGUUCUCAUCAUCGGUGCCGGCCCUGCUGGGUUGAUGUGUGCCCAUGGACUGGCCAAGGCUGGGGUCAACGUGCGUAUUAUCGACAAGCGUCCAUCCAAGGUCGCUGCUGGACAAGCAGACGGUAUCCAGCCGCGUACGAUUGAAGUCCUCCAGAGCUAUGGGCUCGCGGACCGACUGCUCAAGGAAGGAAACCAGAUGCACAUGGCUGCAUUUUACAAUCCUGCCCCCGAUGGGUCUGGCAUCCAACGCUCGGAUCGCCUCCCAGACGUUACCGCUCCUACGGCCCGAUUCCCCUUUGAAGUGACCCUGCACCAAGGUGCUAUCGAGAACAUCUUCCGCGAUGCCAUGCGUGCCUUGGGUAAACCCACGGCCCCGAACGGUGCUUGCCCUCGCGAGUUUGAGAAACGCUCCGACGCCAAUGAUCAAUUCUCGUGGCCGCCUCGUUCAAUCGAGGUCGAGCAGCCCGUUGUCCCGACUAGCAUCAGUCUUUCGACCGACGCUGCCGAACUUGCGUCGCGUGACUCGUACCCCGUUACCGUUCAUCUCAAAAAACUCAGCGAGGCCGAGGCCCAGAGGCUGUCGCGACCGGUCGCGGGUGCACCUCCCAACUCGAACGAGGCCGCCGCAGACGGAAGCAAUGUCCAAAUCGAAGAAGAACGCGAGGAGAUUGUCAGGGCUAAGUACGUCGUCGGAUGCGAUGGGGCUCAUUCUUGGACGAGGGCCCAGAUGGGCUGGAAGAUGGAGGGAGAACAUACUGAUUAUGUCUGGGGUGUCGUUGAUACCAUCCCCGAUACCGAUUUUCCUGAUAUCCGAAACCGUACCGCCAUCCACUCUGACAACGGGAGCUGCAUGAUCGUUCCGCGCGAGGGUGACCUCGUCCGCCUCUACGUCCAGCUCGCCGAGAUCGAACUCGGUGGCACCGGAAGAAUGGACAGGAGCAAGAUGACCCCUGAAAAGAUCAUGGACGUCGCAAAGCGCUCAUUCCAGCCCUUCCGCCUCGAGUUCCCCAAGGCUCUUGACUGGUGGACGAUCUACAUCAUCGGACAGCGUGUUGCUUCCAACUUUUCGGCACAGGAACGCGUCUUUAUUGCAGGCGAUGCUUGCCAUACUCACUCGCCAAAGGCUGGCCAGGGAAUGAACGCUAGCAUGAAUGAUACCCACAACUUGAUUUGGAAGUUGACCCAGGUCUUGCGUGGCUGGGCUUCACCCGAUCUCCUAAAGACUUACGAGCUAGAGCGACGCAAGUAUGCCCAAGACUUGAUCGAAUUUGACCGAAAGUUCUCGGCCUUGUUCUCCGGCAAGGCACAGAGCGCGGCCAACAUGGAUGGUGUCUCCCACCAACAAUUUGUCAGUGUGUUCCAAACGUUUGGUGGCUUUACGAGUGGUAUUGGAAUUCAUUAUGCGCCUUCGGCAAUUGUGGAGACGAGGCACCAGUCUUUGGCUUCCAAGCUGAUCAUUGGACAGCGCCUCAUUCCUCAAACCAUCAUCCGCACCGCCGACGCACGUCCAUUCGAGAUCCAAGACCUCAUCCCGUCCGAUAUCCGAUACAAGCUCAUCGUAUUCGCCGGAAACACCAAGGACGUAAUUCAAAAGGCGCGCAUCCAGCAAUUUGCCGACGAACUCGACAAGCCAGAGAGGUUCUACAAAAAGUACACUCCCGCGGGUGCACAGGUCGACACUGUCUUUGAAAUCAUAGUCGUCAGUUCCAUGACCAAGACCACCGGCGACUACACGGACAUUCCCCCCACCCUUCGCACGCACUGGUCCAAAGUAUUCAUGGACGACGAGGCGGUCCAGUCCCGGUUGGGUGGUGGACGCUUGUACGAGACGUACGGAAUCGGUCCCGAGGGGUGUGUCGCUGUUGUCCGUCCCGACGGGUAUAUUGGCAAUGUUGUCCCGCUCGACGGUGUCGAUGAGCUCGAUAGCUGGUUUGGUGGGUUUAUGGCUUCCGCGUGA